AUGGAUAUUGGUCUUAAGCUUUCCUCCAUAGCUGGUGAUCUCCUUCUUGAUGCUUCCUUGUAUCGUCGCCUUAUUGGCCGUUUGCUUUAUCUCACAAUAACUAGGCCUGAUCUUUCCUAUGUUGUUAACCACCUUAGUCAAUUUACGGUUUCUCCUCGUGUUCCUUAUCUUCAGGCUGUCCACAGGUUACUUGGUUAUGUCAAACAUAAUGUUGGACAAGGGCUAUUUUUCUCUUCUUCCGCGUCUAUUCAGCUCAAUGCUUUUUGUGACUUUGAUUGGGCAGCUUGUCCUGAUAGACGUCGUUCUAUUUCUAGAUUUUGUGUUUUUAUUGGUGAUUCUCUGGUUUCCUGGAAGUCUAAAAAAUAUACCAUUGUAUCCAGGUCUUCCACUGAGGCAGAGUAUCGUUCUAUGGCAAAUGUUACUUGUGAAUUGUUAUGA